AUGGCCCUGACCCGCGACCAUCUGGCCUCCCUACCCGCCAGCUUCUUUAAAGCCGUUGACGACCGAGAUAUCGAGGGUAUAGUCUCCCACUUCGCGCCGGAUGCCACUUUUACCGUGCAAACCGACCAUGUCACCGUCACUGGUGUCGACGAGAUCCGCAACAUGUUUUCAGCCUUCAUCCAGUCAUCCCGAACGAUGCACCAUGAGAUCACCAACAUCGUUGUCGACGAAGUCAAUCGCAGGGUUUCUACCGAGCAGACCUAUGUGGGAGAGAUGAUGGACGGCACGCAGAAUGACAUGCGGAAUUGCAACUUUUUUGAUGUUGAUGGUGAUGGCAAGUUUACCAGGGUGAUGGUUUGGAUGGCGGGAGCGAAUCCCCUGAAGAAUCCUUCUGGGCCUGAUGCAGCCUAA